GUCACUUGUCAAAACAAACAAAUUUCAGCUCAUGUUUACUCAAUUUCAGUGUUCAAAAUCUAAUUAAUAUUUCAAGUUUUCAUGAGAUUUCGGUACUGAAGCCAGAACUGACUUAAAGUUUAUUUAUUCCAAAGUAAAACCAUGGCAGAAGCUGAGCCUUUAAGUACUUCCACACAAGAUGUGUCGAGAAAACCUGUGUGUUUGAUUAUUUUAGGUAUGGCAGGUGCCGGAAAGACUUCAUUUUCUCGACGGUUAGCCACCAAAAUCGUUGAUGGAUCCAGACCAUACCUGGUAAAUCUUGACCCAGCCUGUAGAGAAGUUCCAUUUCCAGCUAAUAUUGAUAUACGAGAUACAGUAAACUACAAAGAGGUUAUGAAACAGUAUGGUCUGGGACCCAAUGGUGGUAUUGUCACAGCAUUGAACUUAUUCUCAACAAAGUUUGGCCAAGUUGUUGAACUCAUUGAGAAAGCCGGACAAAAACACAAGUACUGUGUUAUUGACACUCCAGGUCAAAUAGAGGUAUUCACCUGGUCAGCAUCGGGCACCAUAGUCACGGAGACACUAGCUGCUUCAUGCCCCACCGUUGUGGUCUAUGUGAUGGAUACUGUGCGGAGUGUGUCUCCUGUCACAUUCAUGUCAAAUAUGCUGUAUGCCUGCUCCAUACUGUACAAGACAAGACUGCCAUUCAUUGUUGUCAUGAAUAAGGUAGACGUAGUAGACAACGCAUAUGCCGUGGAGUGGAUGCGUGACUUCGAGUCGUUCCAAGAUGCUUUAGACGCGGACGGCGAUGGCGAGGGAGGCACGUCGUAUGCGGGCAACCUGUCGCGGUCUAUGGCGCUGGCUUUAGACGAGUUCUAUAGGGAUUUGAAGUGCUGCGGGGUCAGCGCGCAUACUGGACAGGGAUUGGAUGAAUUUAUAACAUUAGUUGAUGAAGCUGCUCUAGAAUACGAAAGAGAUUACAAAGCAGACUGGCUUAAAAUGAGAGCUGAAAAGAUGGAGGAAGAAACUAAAAAGUCAGAAGAGCUAAAAAUGGAUAAAGGCACAGAAGACACAGUGAUAAGCAAGAGCCGCCUAAUCACGGAGGUGCGAGGGGGACGGGAGAUCGCGGACAUGUACCUGAAGCACCCCGGCGACGGCAGCUCCAGCGAGGACGAGGGCACCGAGACCAUGCCCGUGGAGGAUGACAAACCAGAAGAUGUUAUGAUGUUUCAGGAAUUCUACAAAAAACACAUAAAACCAAAUAACAGUGGCUCGCAUCCUUAAAAUUCAGUAAAAAAAAACCUUACGAGGCAAAAAAACUUAUAAAAUACCUACAAAGCAAAUGGAUAUUAAUAUUGUAGACGCAGAUCCAAAUCAUUGCAGUCAAUGGUCCAUCAUACAUCUCUGCUUAAUCUUUCCACGUUACAAAAA